ACCUGGCAUGAAGAAGUCCUGGCAUGAGAACAUCACUCAGGACCUGAGGAAUCACCUAGUGCACAAGCUGGUUCAAGCCAUAUUCCCCAUCCCAGACCCUGCAGCACUGCAGGACAGACGCUUGGGGAACUUGGUUGCUUACGCACGUAGAGUUGAAGGGGAUUUAUAUGAGUCUGCCAACAGUAGGGAUGAAUAUUACCAUUUACUGGCCGAGAAGGUCUAUAAGAUCCAAAAGGAACUAGAAGAGAUGAGAAAGUCCAAACUGUCAAAGCCACUCACAAACACUCAGGAUCCUUAACAGUCUGAUUUCAUCAGUCCAAAGCUACAGGACCUGAACAAGCCAUCGGCCAACAAGUUAUUUUUGGACCAGAUCAGUCGUGUGUCACCCAGAAUGUAGAAGGACUGAGGGAUCUCAUUGGAGUUUAUAAUAGCAGUCAGUAUGUGCAGCUUCAUGAGCAUGAACAUACAUCUGUUAUUCUUGAUUUGUUAUUUCCAUGUUUAUUUCAUAGUUUUUCUCAUGUGUAUACAGGAAUAUUUACUCUAUUCUGUGUAUUACGUAUACUUACCAUUUCUGAUUGUUCUUUGCUCUUUACAUUCUGUUGUUGAAUGUUAAUGUCAAGUUAGAGGAAUAAGUGAAUGUCUCCACCUAAAGGUUUUCAGCGUCACCGGAUGAUGUUGUGAAGCAGUAAUUCUCUGUGGUCUUUGUAUGAUAUAACAACACUUUGUGCUGAAUUUGUGCUGCUCAAAUGAAGACAGACUGAGCAUUAAGAUAGACACAACUGACAUUAUUGAAUAAACUUAUUUUUACAAUCACUUAUGUUCUCCUGAUUCCUCCGUCAGCUGAGUUGACAUGACAAAGUUGACUGGUUUUGGAUUUCAAACAAAACUGAUAUUUAGACAUAUCUUUUGAUGGACAGAGAUCUGCUAAAGAGGCUGGCUGUUAAUUUUACUGUAAUCCUUGUAUUAAACAUUUGUUGGCAUUAA